AUGACUGGUUCUGCUACCGCCCGCACGACGACCGAGACAUUCAGCUCUGUCGAGUUCGUGCUCAUGCUGCUGUCGAUGUACGCAUGCGUGACGAAGGAGGUGCGCACGACGGUCAUGUUCCUGCUCGAGAUCGUCUUUGGCUAUGAACCGCUGAGACGGAGGUACGGGCGUGAGCCAAGGCUGCACGAAGUGCAGACGCUGUUCGAGCCCCUAUUGGAGCUGGCGCGCAUCCACGGAGCGGAAUACAAGCGCGAAGACAUACAAACCAAGGAGGACGCGAUGGGGAUGGUGACCGGGAUACUGCGGCCGAUCCUGAUCCGUCUCAGCGCGGCCGAGUUCGCAGAGAUCCACAGCAAGGCUGACGAGGCGGUGGACAUCAUGCUGUGCGCGUCGGCUCGCGAGAUAGAGGAGAUGAUCGCGGAGUGGACGUGCGAGGCUCGAGCGAACGCGAAGCUGCAGAACUGGCUGGAGUGGUCGCGGACGUACCUGUACCCCGAUCAGAUGGACAUGAAGCCCGUGGACGUACCGAAGGCGGGAGAGAUUGCGGCGCAAUACGUGUUUGGAGAGUCGGCGGCAGCGUGGACGGGCUGCGGACUUCGACGGACAGAGCGAGUGGAGAAGCUGCGGCGGGGCGCGGUCGAGGAGGACAUGCCGAUGGACAAGUCGGGGAGACAUGGAAAGGGGCCACUGCCGACAAGACCGUGUCCUGUGGAAGUGAUGGUGACGUCGCCGACGGCUCUGGACGUUGGACAAACGGAACGGGCAGGACCAGUGACGAUAAGGAUGAGUCUGGGACGAUUCGUGCGAUCGCAUCGCGGGGUAGGACGCAGGUGCGGAAGUGGAGAUGAAAGCGAAGAACGAAUGGAACGCGAGGGGCUGGAGAAGUACAAGUAUGGCGGAGUAGCUUUGGACAGUGCGGAGGAGCGGACUACGACGGUGGACUCGUCGGACUCGGAAUGGACGGCGGACUCGUGGGAGACCAGCAGCGGACUGGAGGAAACGUGGAAGAUUCAGACAUCACAGACCUGGCCGUGUUUGGAUACGACGACAAUCAAAGGCUCGAGCUUGGAACUGAUAAAUGAGUGCAGCCUGGUGGGAUCACAGAGUGCGCCUGGACUGACCAACGCCGCUCGCGAGUACUCGCGGAGCGAGCUGGCCACGCGCGGGACGUAUGGAGCUCUGGACGGUCUGAGCGGCCAGUGUGACUUGUCACGGGCGUUCUCGAUCAGGUCUGGACCGUGGACUGCGUCGAUGGAGUCGGAUACCUCGGACUGGUCUCUGCAGCUGGACUGGCUGGAGCACGAGGAUGAUAGCUGUGUGAUGUCUCGCGGCGGGUCUGUUGGCAAGCUGAGCGACAUCUCGUACGAGUCGUUCCGGUUCCCUCGGGUGAAGGGUGGGAAUGGACUGGGCUGGGAGCAGGAGUCGCGCUUGAACUCAGACUCGUGCUCAGACUCGGAUCGGACAGCAACGACGGCAGCGGCAGCGGCAGCGACCUUGGGGACAUCGGUGGAAAGCCUGUUCGAUGGGUGGGCGUCGGACUGGCAGUCGGACCAGCUGUGGAUGUGGAAGUGCGCGAUAGACGAGGAUCAUGCGGCGCGAGCGCAAGAGGAAGCGGCGGCAGAGCAGUACGCGUGGUGGGCGUCGGAUUGGGAGAGGCGGGAGCUGGAUGAGUGGAGGAAGGGGAUGGAGCGGGAGGUAGAAGUGCGAGUGGACAGGAAGAGGAGGCGAGUGGAGAUGACUGGGCCUGUGGAGAAGUGCGCUGGGAGACUGGUGAAGAAGAUCCGUUACGCUCUUGGGUUCUAA